AUGAGAUCGGAAGACAAAAUACACAAUCGUGAUGAGCUAGAUGAUUUAAUUUCUGCUGAGAUCCCAGACAACACAGAUCCUGAGUUGCGAGAACUUGUUUUGAAAUGGAUGAUCCAUAAUCCUUGCGGUGAACAUGACUUAAAUGCGUCAUGCAUGAAAAACCACAAUGGAAAAAUUCAUUGCCGUUUCGAUUUUCCCAAAGCUUUCCAAGAAACAACUUCACUGGUUGACGACGAAAAACCAAAAUUAAGACGUCGGUAUGAUUCCAGACUGGACCAGCAGAGCCCUAAAUUUUCUCACGAACUAGCUGUCUACCGAAAAGACAAGUCUGGUAGGAGGAUAAACAGAGACAACCGUCACGUGGCUCCUUACAAUGCAUACUUGCUGAAACUUUUCAAUUGUCAAAUAAUUGUUGAAUUUGUAGGAAGCAUUAGAGCAGUGAAAUAUUUAUAA